CAAACAUUUUAUUUUAUAGAGUAGCCCGAGAUAGCAGCUUGGUAUUUUCAGUCAGAGCAGCCCUCGCCUUAACACUAUGAUUGUGAAAGUCAUAAUUUUCUCCUCUCUGAUCAACGUCAUAGCCUCGAAGAUCAACCAUGGGGAAACUAUUCACGACAUAAACAACUUGAUGAUGAAGUAUACACAGGAGGUGUGUGCCUCAAUUCUAUCUAUAUCCUGUGCUACACACAUACCACACGGAGACGAGAACGUGUGCGGUACUGACCUCGUACUGUAUAGCAAUCACUGCCUCUUUGCUAACGCCAGAUGUAACAAUGAGAACGUGACACUCUUGAAUCACGGUCCCUGUCCCCAAUCUCCGGUCACUAACGACAUAAUUACAACCAGCAAAGUUGGAGUGUCAGAGAAACCGUCAUCUUCUCCGUCCGCAACAGCAGCAACAACUGACGCAGGGAAGACGUCAGCAGUCUCCCCAAAGAUGUCUCUCCCGGUAACUGCGACAACGGACACACCGAUGUCAUCCGAUGCGGUGACGGCUACCAUGGUGACACCUAUGGUUUCCAUGGAAACCAGCACCGAUACAUCUGAGAAAGCCAAUCCAGCGACCUCGUCAGACAAACCGUCACUAUCGGUAAAGGCAACAAGUGACCUCAUUAACAUGCUGAUGUCAACAACGGACGAUAUCAGGUCAACGGACAUCAUGACACGGACCGAUACGGUUCCGAUGUCGUCAGAUGCCGUCACGGCAUCAACGGUGGCUCCAAGCACGACGGAGGGCGUUGACCCUGCUUUCGGUAUCAUCCAUGAAGUCUUCUGUCGUAACAUACACAGCAUCACGUGUGGAAGUUCGCCGACUCUGCUCGUAUGCGGUACCGAUGGACGCACCUACAGCAAUACAUGCAUAUUUUCUAAGACGAAGUGUUACAAGCUGGAUCUGGAGAUGACGGACCCAUCCUUCUGUGGCGUCACCACGACACAGAGCCCUGUUCCCAUUGUGGGAUAAUUUCAAUUUAAAAUUUUGUAAUUCGAAAUAAAAUAUUUUCUCUGAA